AUGGUCCUCAGGUGGCUAUUGCUCCUGAUGAUGGCUCUGCCUAUAGUCAUGACAGGCAUCAAGAUGUGCAUCUUCUGUGAUCUGACCGACUCAUCCUCAAAUUGCCCUGGCAUCCUCAUGACCUGUGGGGACAAUGAGCAAUGCUUCACUGGCCAAGGAAUAAUUCCUGGUCUCGGCCCUGUCACCAACAAAGGAUGCAUGCUGUCCACUUUAUGUAGCCGCCGUGUAGAGCCUGUCACCUACCAAGACAUCACCUACAAGUUCAACUCCACCUGCUGCAAUGGUGAACUGUGUAACAGGGCCCCCAACCCCACAGGCAGCCUGAAGGCGGGGACCACCUAUUUGCCACUGGGUGUGCUGCUGCUGCUUCAAUGA